GUUUCCAUGGGAACCGGCCUCGCCUCGUUGCGUUUGUUUUGAUUCCCGUUUAAUUAACAAAUCAUGGCUAACAACCUGGUUAUUAGAGCUUUGAAAGCUAACUCAAAGUCGUUCGAUUUAAGCUCGAAGAAAAUGACCCAAGUUCCCAAAUCGGUUGCUAGAUUGACACAUGUUUUGAUCCUUUAUUUGAACAAUAAUUACCUUACAACUCUGCCCGUGGAACUGCAGACGUUACAAUCCUUGACAGAACUUAAUUUGGGGAAUAAUUCUCUGGAGGAGAUCCCAUCUGUUCUGAGGUACCUGAACUCCUUGAAAAAACUGUAUUUGUUUGGAAACCACAUUACAAGAUUGUCACCUGAGGUGUUAGAAGGACUUCAUCACCUCACUCUCCUCAAUCUGAACCACAAUCGGAUCACAGUCCUUCCACCAGAGAUUAAAAGUCUUUCUAACAUAGAAACCCUCAGUUUACUGGACAACCAAUUGGAGGAACUUCCUGUAGAAAUAGGUUUUCUCAAGAAAAUGGUUGAGAUUAAUUUAACCAACAACAAGCUGGCUAGACUGCCCAAACAGAUAUAUAGUUUGUCACAACUGGACAGAUUAUAUCUGGCAAGAAACAACCUCUCAGAACUACCAGAGGGUGUUAUUGGGUUGAUGAAGCUCAGAGUGCUGGAUGUGGCUGGAAACCGUUUAUCCAUGUUUCCUGUCGAUUUCCAGUUUCUGACCCUGAAGGAGCUGCUCUGUGAAGGAAACCCAUUUGUGAAGAGCGAGCUGAUGGAGUCUGUUCAAGCUGUGGAGGUGCUGUCAUUGAAGGAGCUGUCUGCUCGUCGGAUCCUGGCGGAGGACAAGAGUAGGUUCGGUGUGGUCCACAAGGCUCUGUCGUACCACCCUGGUCUGAGCCUGCUGCUGGCUGACUGGGGCAGCUGUUCCCUCUGCCUCCAACCCUUCCUCACCACCUGGCUGGAGUGUGUGCGCUUCGUCAACCUCAGGAAGGACAUGAAGAUGAGGAGUUCUCAGACCAUCCCUGUACGUGUUCAACUCUGUUCCUACAAGUGCUUCAAUAAGAGCGGACAUUCAUACUAUGGUGUUGCAUCUGUAUGAAGAGGUACUUCUAUUAAAACAUGUAUUUGAUAUAAAGUAA